AUGGAUGCGAGGGAGCCUUAUGGACUUGAUUCGUCUGAAUGCUCGGGCAUAAUGACUGCUUCUAAUUCUUAUGGAAUUGGAGCUGGAGUUCCAAGCCACUCAAUGACCGUGGCUAAGUCUGCUGUGAUGAGGUUUCCAACUAACACGAUUUCAUCUUCUGCACUAAAGCCAUUGGAUGCUUUAGGUUCAAAUUACCCUGGAGAUGGUGAGCUUGUUGGAAUAGGACCAGGUGGUAUGUUUGUUAUGAGCGAGCCCAUGAAGAAGAAAAGAGGAAGGCCAAGGAAAUAUGGGCCUGAUGGGACUAUGGCUUUGGCUCUUUGUUCUACGACUACUACAUCUGAGUGCAACAAAACUAACACUUCACUGUCCCAACCCCCGGCUAAAGGACGAGGUCGUCCACCAGGAUCUGGAAAACGGCAACAACUUGGUGCUUUGG